AUGAAUAAUAUCCAAACACUUUUGUACCGGACUAAUGAUGGCUGCCGGAAUCUUGAGCUUCCGAGUAAGCGGCCUCCACGGCUUGCUGAUAAAUCCCGGCGACUCAGCAUCAACACCACCACCACGACCAUCAUUAACCUCAUUACCAUCCUUCUCCUUGGGCCAAAUAGCAUUCCCAUAACCAUAAGUCCCCUUAGUCUCGAAAAGCCACCGAUUAUGAUCGAAAUCCACUCCCGUCCCACUCCUCAUCAGUCCCGACUUGCUCGACCUCAUUAUCGACAGCCUCCUCUCGACCCUCGACGAACCCCCCACCUGUGGGCCCGGCAGCUGGGGCAACGACGACCCAACCCACCCAUCCAUGACUUCAUUCGGGUCAGUUGUCUUGUACUCCUCCUUACAUCCCGGGCAAAUCCCAUCGCCCGUUUUCAGCACGUCGAGAUAGCAAUCCCGACAUAUUUUGAAAUCGCACUCGCAGGGGAGGAUAUCGUUACCCCUCUCGUCACUCAUCACUUUCCCGUCACAACCGUUGACCGCGCAAGACGAGCCUUUGACUCCGGCCAUCUGCGGGUGGAGAGGGGAGGAGUUAGAGUCGGUGACCCGGUCCAUGAGGUGGGCCCGGGUCGUGGAGUUGAACCCGCCCACAUAUUGUUCUUCGACCCGUUGGGCUACUGGGUCGUUAUUGAGCUGGUUGUCGGGUGUCGGGGGAAUGUGGACUGUGUAAUUGAGAUAAUCGGACGAGCUGAGUUCGCUGUCGAGAUCGUCUCUGGAGUAGUUGACGUAGCGGCCGGAAGGGGUUCGGCGGGCGAACGUGACGACGUGAGGGGGGAGAGGAGGCCGGCUGCCGGAGGGGUUUGUCCCGGAGAGCGUGUCAGAGGAUAUGGAGAGGUUGGAUGGGGUGGCCUUGAACGAUUUCGAGGCCAUUCUCGGGAUUUUUGA